CGUACUGGUUGUAUAACUGGGCCCUCACACUUUACUAACCUACAAGUGAGGACGUUCUUUUCGAGACCUCUUUGUGGGCCACCUCGCAACACACAUACGCGUUGGAACUUGGGCCAUUUGUUUCCAAGGCGGCAAGGUCGGAGCACAGCACAGGCAGUCAGAGCGGAAGGCGCGAAAUACGCGGGGGAGGAGUCAGAAAGUCUGAGCGGAAGUGCUUUUCAAUCAAGUAGCCGUGAGCACCGCGUAAAGAGCAGCAAGGGUGUGGUUGUCGUCUGUGGGGCUGCACUGCUGGUUUUGCCUGCGACUGAGCUUCAGAGAAGUGAUCAUAAUGGAAAGUGUGUGCGUGUCUCACGUGGAAGAUGCUGUGACAUUUUGGGGACAGGCAAUUGGCAAAAUACAUGAUAUUUCAAAACUGUCUGAUUCAUUGGCCAGGACUUGUCCUAAAAUGAACCCUGUUCUUGCAACUCCUGACCCUGAUAAGAUAUAUGGUGGAAUGUUUACAGCUGACAAGUGUUGGUAUAGGUGUAAGUUGCAGAGAAUGCUAAAUGAUGAUCAGUAUCUGGCAACAUAUAUUGACUAUGGAAAUUCAGAAAUUUUAAAUCAGGCCAGCAUUGUUGAGCUUCCUGAUGAUUUACAAUUUCCAGCUUUCGCUCAGAAAUAUCGACUUUGGGGACUUCAGCUCCAGGAAUGUAACAACAUAGAACAGGGCCUGAAAUUUCUAAACCAACUAAUUGCAGACAAGCAAGUUUCUGUACAGCAGAAAGUGACUUAUAAAGAUGGAACUAUAGCUGGCCAGGUUUUGCAUGAAAACAUUGAUGUUGGGGAAGAGGUUGCAAAUAAAGGAUUUGCAGAAAAAUGCAAAAAUGUGAGCAGUCCAGAAGGGAAUACAGGCUCUUCUGUAUGUGGUUUAAAAACACCUCAAUGGGUUUCCCGAAAACUUGAAAGACCUCCUAUGCGUGAACCAAAAACUUUACCUGUAUUAAGUACUAUUAAUCAUAAAGAAUCGGACACCUGGAAGGAAGUCAACUGUGGUAACCAUUUCACAGGACCAAGGGUAUGGUCUCCUGAUGUAAAUUUUGGAAAUACAAACAAAAAUGACUCCAGAUUAUUAGAAGAGAAUAAACUGUUGAAAGAUGAGAGAGAUUCUUUAAUAGAAAAAUCAAAUAUGCUUAAGUCUCAGAUCAACAAGCUACAACUUGAUUUGCAGAAAGAAAAGGAGGUAUCUGAAGAAUCUAUUCGGGACCUAGAGGGGAAUCUGCAGUCUGCAGUAGGAAACAAAUUUAACAGUUUAGCUUCUAAAAUUGAAAUACUCAGAUCUGUUAGAUGUGAAAAUGCAAACGUGCACAGUGAAGAUGAUCUUUUGCAGGCCGUCAUAGAUGUAACAGAAGAAAAACUUGUAUCUCCACCAUCGCUAAGUAAUCUAGAUGAAACAUGGGAAAAAUACAAUCUGGCACAGGAAACCAUCAAAUAUUGCUCAGAUGUGACGAAGCUCAGUUUACUUAUAAACAGGAGGGACAAUAUACAACAAGAAUUACUUUCAGUUGUAGACUGCUUCAUUCUUGAAGUGGAUGAAUUGCCACUUGAUUCUCGUACUGCAGAUUUAAAGGCCUUGCUGUUAGCACUUGAAUCUGUUUAUGGAGCACCCUGUGACCGCAAAGAAACGGAUGCAGUGUUUGAUGACUUUCAUAAGUGGAAACAGACCAAAAUGGAGCAAUUCAAAUGCGUCAGAAAUGAUACUGACAAUUCUCUUGGAGCUCUGUCAUCUUGGUUUUGUAGCAUUAAGGAGUUUUUUGACUUGUCAUCUGAGAUCUCAUUAGAAUCUUCUGAAGUCGUCUGCAAUAUUGAUGAAUUAUUGGACCAAGUGGAGUGCCAUGUAUCCAAGGAACUGGAUGUCUCUUUGAUGGAACAUGACGAAGCAGACAGGCAAAUUAUAAUACAUGCCUACAACAGGGUUGUACAAUGUAUUCAUGAGGAGCUUCAACUAAUCUCUCUUGUGGUGUCUAAGUAUUCAACUAGUGCUGAAUUCAAAAAAAGCAUUGUUGAAUGGAUUGAUCGCAGUCCGAAUAUCAAUCAACUGAUGUCAGUAAAGAAGACCAUCAAAGGAUUAAAAUCUCAGCUCCGGUGGAAGCUAGUUGAAAGAAGUAAUAUGGAAGAUACUGAUGAAAGCAAUGAAACCAUUCUAGCAGAACUAAAGGAAGAAAUCAGAACACUGAGGAACACAAUUUUCUCUGAAAUAUUGAGAGAACAAGAAGAAUAUAGGACUCUUGGCAGUUUGGUCCUGAAGUGGUUUCCUGAACUUCCUUUAAUUCAUCCUGAAGCAGGGAUAUUAAACUAUAUGAAUUCUGGAGGUCUUUUGUUUGGUUCUAUAGAGCGAGACCUUUUUGAUGCAGAACCAAUGAAGGAACUUAGUAGCAAGCGUCCACUAGUACGUGCAGAAAUUGAAAAUAGAAUGGUCUUGUUGAAGGGUUAUUCUGUUGGUGUGGACACAGAAGAAAAAGUGGUUGAAAGAGCUGCUAAAUAUCAUCAAGUAUGGUCUAGUUUGAAAGAUGAUUCUGGAUUAAUGGAACUGAUCUGCCUCUUUUUCUGCAAGGCUGACCCAGUUGUAUACCUGAUUGUUCCAUUUUAUCCGGAAGAGUCUCUGAGUGCUGUACAAGAAAAAAAUACUUUGAUGUCUCAUGAAAUACUGAAAGUGAUGAGCGGAGUUGCACAAGGAUUGCAGAUUCUGCAUGCUGCUGGUAUCAUAGUUGGGGCCCUGCAUAGGAAUAACGUAUUUGCUCUUAAUCGGGAGAAAGGAAUAAUUGGAGACUUUGACUUUACCAGGGAUGCAAAUCAGCGUAGUUCCAUAACCAUGGUUGGGUUCCCUCACAUUACUGCCCCUGAGUUAAAACUCGGACACGCUGCUACAGAAGCCUCAGAUAUGUAUGCCUAUGGUUGCCUCUUCUUGUGGCUUUGUUUAGGAAACAAUAACAUUACAAUGAAACAAGAUGGAUCGCCUGAUUUAAGUCAGCUUACCUUAGAUCCUAAAGUGAAAAGUCUAUUGUCUGGUCUUCUUUGUUGUGGAGAUCGCCUUUGUGCAGAAGAAGUCAAAGCCCAUGAAUGUUUUCAAGCAGGCUCUGUUUUGUAUUCUAGUACUUCUGAUGAGGCAGCUGAAAAUACCCCAGCAGAUUUUGCUUAAGUAUUACACACGUUCAAGCAAACCCUUACAAAAAAUUGCUCUUUAGCUUUUCAUUUUUGUUAGAUGGAUUCUCACAUUCUCUGUUCUUUUAGAAUUUAAGCCUGCCUAGUAAAUCAAUAUUCUCCAAAUUUUCUUCUACUUGUAACUUGCAAUGUAUUAGUAUUUUUUCAGUAUUUUCAAGUUUGCUUAGUUUAAGCAUAUAUUGUUUGUAUUUAAGUUAUUCAGCUAUUAUUGGGCAGACCUACUUGUGUCUUUCUUCAUUGUUUUCUGUUCCUUAAGAGAAGAUCACAUUUCCCAUUAUUGCUUAUGUUUGUUGCAAAAUGCAAAUGAUGUGUGAACUGGUAACGACAUAUUGUGUAUGGGGUGGUAUACACAAAUUUAAUUAAAGGACAUUUCUAAGUUUAAA